GCGAAGGAUCCGACCAUGGUGACGAUCAUCAACACCACGGAGGACGAGCCGAUGCUGGCGGUGGUGCGCUCCACGGUGGAGCUCGCCUGGGCCGACGUGGGCGCCGAGGUCACCGACCCGGAGGUGGCCCGCCUCUGCGCCGAGGCGCAGCAGCACGUCCUCGCCGGCCGCUGGCUCGACAUGGCUGCCCUCAUGCUCGCCUCCGUCGACCUCCUCCUCCUCGCCACACGCCUCUCCGACAAAGAUCUCGAGUGCUCCCUCACCGUGAUCUGCAACCUCGUCACCAAGGCCGGAUCCGAGGACGAGGCGCUGGAGAUCGCCAGGCUCAUCUGCGCCAAGCUCACCCACCAGCCGGGUGAGAAGCCCACGCUGCGCAUCAAAGUCCUGUUCAGCCUGUACAACCUACUGCCGAGCCUCUCCGGCAAGGCCUUGGUCUACAGGAAGGCGCUCGAGCUCGCCGCCGCCGGGAAGACCGCCGACUGCGUCGUGCCCACCUUCAAGAACAUCGACGCCUUUGUCGCCUACUGGGGCAUCGGCAAGCCGGAGCAGAGGGACCUGUUCCUUGCCGUCACCAGGAUUCUUAAAGACCAGAAGGGGUGCGGCACGCAUUGCCCUUUGCUUCCAAGUCCCUUGCAUUUUUUAACCAACAUGGCAAGAUUGUAUAUUGAUGCAACCCAUUCUUGUUAUAAUGAUCGUCAACAUGACCAAGGAGUACUUCAAGUUUCUGAACAAGUACCUGGCUACAUUCGAUGGUUCGUCUGAUGAGGCCGACGCAAUUGGUGCAGCGAAGGAAGAAGCUGCUGCAGCAAUCAUUGAGUUUGUCAAGUCAUCUGACCUCUAUCAGCCGGCAUACUGCGAGGGUCUUCAGGAUGCCACAAUGGCAGAGUCUACGUUCAAAGCUUGGAGUGUGGAGGGGAAACAUUGCAAAUGCUAUCAACACGAUCCAAGCUAACAAGGUGACUGAAGAUGGCGGGCAGGGGAUGCAAGGAUUGAUGAUCCGCUGAUCGGAGGAAGUCCCUAAAUUGAGAUUAUAGCCUGAGAGAUUAGAUGAGCAAUCCUUUUGUAUUAGGUAUCUUGUAAUCCGAAAUACUUCUACCCCGUGACCAUGCUUGGCUAGAUCCUGGUUGCAAUGGCAUGCUAAGCAAUCUCAUGUUGCAUGAAUUUUGUAGACAAAAGCCAUGCUUGAAGUCAGCAGUUACUUGUUACAGAAUUGCGAUUGUUCAUACUGGAUGCCUGUUUUAUCAUGAUGAUUGUUGUUUUCCAAGGUUUGGCUUUGGGGUUAUUGAGAAUUU